GUCCAUUUAACUGAAACGAAAGGAAUAAAUACAUGGUCGUUAUACAAAAUGCUUUAAUAUAUUUAAUUUUGCCAAAGAGGACAUAUAAGUUUAAAUGCCAUAAUUCUUGAUUAUAUUCAACAAGAAAAGCUUGAUUAAGGUUACAAAACCUUAAUUGUAACACUAUAUUGUAUAUAUUUUUAAAACAGUAUAUUAUAUAUAUAAGUAUAUGUAAUUAUCUUACUUGCUGUUACCAGUAUUAAAAUGAAUACUGUACUGAACCACAAGAAGAAAUUUCUAGCGCUUGGCUUGGCAAUAGCUGGUGCAAUUUAUGUGAACAGAAAACACAAGGGGACUAGAAGGGUAUGUGGCGUUGACUAUCCAUACAAUACGGUUAUUCUUCAUACAUGGCCACGCGUGAAAUUUGUCCCAAAUAUGGAUCCAUUCUCCAUGAAGCUAGAGACAUACCUAAGAAUUAACCAAAUUCCAUAUCAGAUGGAUGAAAAUCAUGAAAAUGGACCAGACAAUAAAUCGUGUUUACCUUGGAUCGAAUACAACGGUAAGAGGAUGGCUGGCUCACAGAUGAUUAUAAAGUACUUAUCAGAUAUAUGGGAUAAGGAUUUAAAUGAACACCUACCCUUGGAAGACAAGGAAAAGGCUACUGAGAUACAGACUUGGCUUGAGGAACACACAUACUGGGUGCAUUACCAUUUGCGUUGGUACGUAUUUUGGGAUGAUAUGCUCAUCAAUAUGUUCAAAUGCCCGGCAAUAGUCAACAAAUUCGUAAGAGGACUAGCAAGAUGGUAUCAGAAGAAGCUGACAGAAGAAGCUGGCAUUGGUUGCCAUAGCGAUGAGGAGGUGAAAGAUAUGUUGGUAGAAGAUCUUAGGAAGUUCUCUGAUACGCUUGGGGACAAAAAGUUCAUCAUGGGUGACACUAUAAGUGAGGUCGAUUGUGCUGCAUUUGGUAUUCUGUCACAGGUGCGAUGGUGCUCACCUGCAGAGUGUCCGGGAUAUCAACUUCUUACAGGCGGUGAAAUGCAGAAUGUUAUGGACUACCUUGACAGAAUAAGGGAAAUGUAUUGGUCAGACUGGGACGAAAUUAUGAAAACAGCCAAAUGUAAAAUUUGAAUUAUUUUGCUUAGAUAAAUGAAAUACACCUUUCAUCUAAAUCUUAGAAUUGCCACGAAAGGGACAUUUGUGGUGACAGCUGGCGCUUAUAGACAGGUCGUUGGUGAAAUUGUGAACUGUUUGAAACAAACUCGGGAGAAAAAAGGAGUACAUGAUAUAACAUGCAAAUAAAAACUAAUUUGUUGCAAACAGGAUUUACGCAUAAUUCUUAUGUUAAGUCUAUACAUUCUGAUGUGAGAUAGAUAGAUACAUAUGCCAGGAUAUAGAGCAAACUCAAGUUCGUCGAUUUAAAUUUUAGUUUAGUGCAUCUUGACAAUUCAUGUGUAUUCAUUAUUAUUACAAAUGUUCAUAAUUGUUAUACUCCCACUUUUAAAGGUAGCAUCGUAUAAAGUAGGUGUGAGCAUGUGUGACAUUAUACACUUUAAGCAUAUAAUAAUCUUAAUGUUUAUACAAGAUCUACAUUUAUGUUAAAUUUGACUUUACUGCAUGCAUAAUUUGUGAUGGAAUUGUGUAAUAUUGCUUAAUUUUUUACAUACACUACGCAAAGUUGGGAUUUUUUCUUUAAAAAUUUGUUUCAAUAUGUUAUCUCAUACAACUUCGAUCACACCUAAAAUUCAGCUCAAUGUCACGCUAUUAGAACUACUCUCACUUAGGUAAGCAGUAACUGAUCAAACAUGUUUACAAUUAAAACUGCUUUCGUCCUGUAGAUCCUGCAUGAGCAUCACAAGCCGGGAACCAAUCAGUUCUAGCCUCAGAGCAGGUAGCAUUCAGCUUUUCUAUAACGAAGAUGUGUUUAUUACUUACCAGACUCAACCCUUUUCCGUGAGCUCAACUCUCAAUACUGUUUAGUACCAAAACACUGAGGGGCUCAUUGUGCCAUUUAUCUAUUAAAGCAUUGAAACGAA